AUGACCGUGACAACGCAUCCCAGAGAUCCCCCUCCGUUGGGAGAAUUGGCAGCUAUCAUUCAAAGGUCGCUCCAGGCCAAUUUUGCCAGCUCCUCCGUGAGCGUCGUGGAAUGCCCUGACCUCCGCCAACCACCAUUCCACCUGGCUAGCCCAGGUCUAUCAGGAAAUCCCUGUAUCGCCGAUGUUGGUGGCCAGGCUAAUCUCUUUCCACGUCCCAAUUUUGACGCCAAGUUUAACCUUCGCUCACUAGCGAAGGACAUGCAGAUGACGGAGGGCGAAGGCGGGUUCUUAAUUGGCGCGGGUGCAGCUCCCUUCCACGACACAGGCUACAACGCCGAGCUUGCAGUCAAUCUUUACACUCCACCAGGACCUCACGUAGGGACUGAUGACCCAGAGAUUGAUCAAGUGAGAAAUGGUUCGCGCAUUAUCCAAGUCAAUCAGGAUGGUUCAUCAUGCUGCGAACCCAUCAAGAGUCUUAAUUGUGGACUUAUGGUCAAUCUCUUUGGAUCUACUGGCGAUACUGGACCAGUAUUGAAGAUUACUGCUCGCGCGCGGACAGGAGACCAGAACUUUACCAAUUCCAUUCGGCUUGGCUUAGCAGACCACUAUGGGGACUCGAGACCUAUUAGUCUCGGCGGAGUGUUCCUUUUGAAGGCCGGAAAGGCCAAAUUUCACAUCAUGCCGGAUUUUCCGAAGGAAAAAGACCUGCCAUUCCGCGAUCGAGAAGCAUUGGAGAAGAGUUGGCUUACAUAUCAUGAUUUUGAGGCGCCUGUCAUUUGUCUAACGGUGAUGCACAGCUCUGAUCCAGAAGGCUUGGGGUUGAGAAUGGAGCAUACGCACUGUUUUGAAGUGGAGGGCAGUCGCAAAGGAGGGCAUUAUCAUUAUGACAUGCAAGAUGGAGGUGAGGAAGUGGAAUACGAAGCUUAUCUGAACGUUGCUUCUACUGUUUACCGAAUUGACCGGCCAGGAGCAUGA